CCGACACGCGCACCGGAGAGAGACGCGGAAAAAUCCAGCAGACACUUCAGAAAGGAUCUUCCUAGAGAAACAGCUGCCGUCGAUGCAAAAUUUGAACAUCAACCAUAUCUUGGCUACAUUUGAGAGGUCCAACGCACCAUGGGAGGAAAACUGAGCAAGAAGAAGAAGGGAUACAAUGUGAAUGACGAGAAGGCAAAAGAAAAGGACGCCAAAACAGAGGGCGCGUCAGCAGAGGAGAAUGAUGCUUCGAAAGACAACAAGGAGGACGCACCAACUGCCACGGAAACCACUGAGACUGCCAAUGACACGGCGGCAGCCACCAAAGAAGCAACACCUGUUGCAGAUAGCAGUGCAACUGUGCCAAAAGAAGAGGAGAAGAGUGUUGCCCCAGCAGCCAAGGAAGAGAAAUCAGCAGCUAGCACCACCUCAACAUCUAAUGCCAAGAGCCCCGACUUCGCCAAAAUGGAACCUGCAAAGAGUCCUGAGGCCCCACCCACCAAGGCAGAAGAAAAACCCGCCUCUGCUCCAGCACCGGCCAAUGAGAAAGAACCAGCGAAAGAUACCACCCCAGCUCUCAAAGAGCCUGCCCCAGCUAAGGAUCCUGCCUCUGUGAUGGAGAGCAAGGCAGACGCUGAGGCUAAAAAGACUGAAGCUCCACCUUCUGCACAGCCUGUAACCACGGAGACCAGCCCUGCCCCCAGUAAGGAGCAGACAGUUGCUGUGCAAGAUUAACGAACAGAGGCAAACAAACCAAUAAGGAGAAAAUAAUAAUUUUAAAAAAAUCAGAUUAAAUUAGUGAAACUAGCCCUUCUUAAAUUGUAACCACUCUAAUAUUAAUAAUUGUAAUAAUAAUAUUGACUUUGACAACAUUAUUCAACAUCUCAAUGAUUUUUACUGAUGAUGGUUUUUUUAAUAGAGCAGAGAGCAGUUACGAGGUGGUAAUGAAGUUGUAUAAUUAGAAUAUGAGCUAAAAUGAUGAUGAUUAACGUGGUGCUGUUGAUUUCUGUUGUCACAGUUAUUAUUGUUAUUUUAACAUGGACACAAGACUGAAUCUACCACCAGCCCCUAAAUCUAACUCUUAGUGUCUCUCUCACUCUUAAUGUCUCUCUCUAUCUUGCUACCUGUCUCACUCUCUCCAUUUAACCCUCUAUUUAAUGGAGGGGUCAAAUGAAAGCGUGAAACUGGCUUUUUUGCAGGCCACACACACACUUCUCACCAGUCUGUCCUUACAUUGCUCUCUUUCCAAGAUGAGUGUGACUGAUGUGUGUGAGUGUGUCUGUGUGGUGGUCUUGCAUUCUAUUGGGUAUCUUCUCUUUGCUGCCGUCUGGUUUGUGCUUUGGUCAUUUGCAGUGGUUGACGUUGUGUUUUGGCCUUUGUUCUCUAGUCUUUCCUGACCUUUCAAUGCCUUUCAUUGAUAUCCUUUAUAUUGAUGGAAUUAAAAAAAAACAACAAAAAAAAGAAAGUUUGUGCAGCACAAUGUAAUAUAUGCACACGCGCACACACACACACACACACACACACACACACACACACAUACCCGCACACAUACAUACACACACACACACACACACACACACACCACCGAGAGAGCGUGAGAGAGAGAGAGAGUCUGUGCUAAAAGGUGUUGAUGCAUUAAAACGUGUGUACACAUUUGCAGUGUUUGUUUAACUCUCCAUUGGUAUUAUAUGUACAAAUAGAAUCCUGUGUGCAUGUGUGCAUGUGGCUGUGUGUGUGUGUGUGUGUGUGUGUGUGUGUGUGUGUGUGUGUGUGUGUGUGUGAGAGAGAGAGAGAGAGAGAGCGUUUAGAUGGCCAUGCCUGAGGACCCAGUCUGCCUUCUUAAUGAUUAAGCAGCAGUUGACAUGGUGUCCAUGCCUGACAGAAGAGAGAGUGAAAGAAUGAAUAUAAAGACGAUAAGAGAGUGAGAUGAAGAGGGAUUUGGAAGUGUGAAUCACAGACUUUUACUAGACAAAAUAAUUUCUCUCAAUGCAAUGUGACCUGUGUGUGUGUGUGUGUGUGUGUGUGUGUGUGUGUGUGUGUGUGUGUGUGUGUGUGUGU